AUGCCCUGGCCGUGGUUGCUGCUGGCCCUGGCUCUGCCGGCCGCGCUGGCCGUGCCCCCGGGGACACGAGGCGGGGGUGACCCCCGGGUGGCCCUGGUGGCCCUGGAGGCGCUGGUGGCGUCGGGCGAGGGCCGCCUGGGUGGCGGGACGCUGCGGGAACUCGUGGCACAGGUGGCCGGCCGUGCGCAGUGCCCGCGAGGGCCGUGCGGAGAGUGUCCCUCGGUGCCAGCGCUGCUGUCCCUGGCCGGGAAGGCCCCGGGUGACACCGCCGGGCUCGGGGCCACCGAGCUGUCCUGGCUGGGGGCAGCCGUGGUGGCCACGCUCAGGGACCCCCCGGGCACCUGCGGGGACACCGAUGGGGACACCGAUGGGGACACCGAUGGGGACACCGAUGGUGACACUGAGGCCACCACGGGGUCCUGGGCCAGCCGUGUCCGUGCCCUGCACCGCGAGUUUGCCACCGAUGUCACCGGGAAUGUCACCGGGAAUGUCACCGCCGAUGUCACCGGCAAUGUCACUGUCACUGUCACUGGCAGUGGUGGCCCUGGACUGCCGGAGGUGGCCGAGCUGCUGGCGGCCAUCGAGCCCAACUAUCGCGGUGACAACAGCCACGAGGCCUGCGUGGACGCUCAGGGGGUGCUGGCUGCCACCUCUGAAGUGUCCCCAAGGGUGGGGACAGGACGGGUGCUGGUGGCACUCGGGGUCCUGGUGCUGCGUGGCCGCCACCUCUGCCCUGGGGACAGCGGGGACAGCGGGGACACGGCCAGCCCGCGGUGCGGGGACACCGCCAGCCAGCGUGGGGACACCUGGCACUGUGGGGACACGGGUGACAUCGACACCCUCUGCGGGGACACGGACACUCAUCGUGGGGACAGCGGUGACGUCAGCACCCCGCGUGGGGACACGGACAGCUGGCACGGUGACAUCAACCCCAGGGACACCGAGAGCCACCACAGCCCCACGGUGCCCAGCUCGGGGGACAGCGGUGACAAUGCCACUGUCCCCACGGCCACCAACAGCACCGAGACUGCGGAGCAGCUCGGCCAGAGGUACCUGUUGGGGACACUGACGGCGCUGGGGCUGGCGCUGGUGCCGCUGGUGGCGCUGGCCCUGGUGCUGUGUCCCCGCUGUCCCCUGUGCUCGCGGUGUCCCCAAGGAUGUCGCCGAUGUCGCGGGUGUCCCCGGCGCUGGUGGCGCCCCCUGCUGGACGGGCUGGCGGCCGGGGCGCUCAGCGGGGACGCGCUGCUGCACGUGCUGCCACAGGCGCUGGGGAUCCACAGCCACGCGGAGGGGACACACGCGGACACGGGCGGACCCCCCUGGGAGCUGCUGGGGGUCCUGGGGGGGCUCUACGGGGGAUUCGUGCUGGAGAGAGCGCUGGGGGGCAUGGGACACGGCGACACGGAGGUGAAGGGUGGAGAGCCCAGCCCCGAGCCCGCCCAGAGCACGGAGGAGCUGAGGAAUCACGGCUCGGGCCGCGCGCAGGCGCUGUUGCUGUCGGCAGGGGGCGCCAUUCACCGCCUGGCGGACGGGCUCGCGCUCGGCUCCGCCUUCGCCGCUUCCGGGAGCGCGGGGGCGGCCGCGGGGGCGGGGCUGGCACUGCACGAGCUGCCGCGCGCGCUCAGUGACGCGCUGGUGCUGUCGCAGUCCGGCCUGGGGACACGGCGGGUGGUGGCGCUGGCGGUGGCCGCGGCGGUGCCGGUGGUGCCGGGGGUGGUGGCCGGGCUGGCCCUGGGGACAGCCCCCGCUGCCCGCACCUGGCUGGCGGCCGUGGGAGGGGGAUUCCUGCUGCACCUGGCGCUGUGUCACAUGCGGCGGCGGCGGCGGGAGCCGGCUUAG